AACGCUGCCAGCUUUCUUGUCGACGUGGGAAGGUAGGGCUCCAGACACAAACAAAUGUCCACGGGUUUGUUUUUGGGGCUCGAGACAGGUAACCGUGACAUGUCAGGUGCAUUUGAUAGAAACCUCCAUGACAUUUGAAACAUGUGGCUCAAACCCGAAGAGAUUCUACUGAAAAACGCGUUCAAAUUGUGGGUCACCGAGAAGGAUAAUGAGUAUUUCGUGUUGCAAAGGAGACGGGGGUACGGAGAAGGAGGUGGCGGCUUGACAGGAGAUGCUGCAUGUGUGAAGGUAUCUGGAAGAAUGUGUUCAAUCAUGCUGAUUGUUGCAGGCCUCCUUGUGGGAACACUGGAUACUGUGCUGGACUCAACGUCUAAAGUUGCUCCCUACCGCAUUCUCCACCACACUCCAGACUCACAGGUGUACUGGUCAAUAGCAUGUGGUGUUACCAAAGAGGAGAUUGUUCAGCACUGGGAUUGGCUGCAGCAGAACAUCAUGAGGACACUCUCUGUUUUUGAUUCCAGUGAAGACAUCACCAGCUUUGUACAGGGCAAGAUUAGAGGUCUUAUUGCUGAGGAAGGAAAGACUUCCCUGGUGCUAGAGGAUGAUCCCGAGAAGUUUAGAGAAGCUCUUUUGAGGUUUGAGAAGUGGUUUGAGCUGCCACCAGAGGAAAAGCUGGUCACAUAUUACUCAUGUAGCUACUGGAAAGGCAAAGUACCAUGCCAGGGCUGGCUCUACCUCAGCACAAACUUCCUGUGCUUUUAUUCCUACCUGCUGGGAGCCGAGGUGAAACUUGUGAUCUCCUGGGAUGAGAUCUGGAGGUUGGAGAAAACCUCUAAUGUUAUUCUCACCGAGAGCAUCCAUGUCCUGGCUCACGGGGAGGAUCACUACUUCUCCAUGCUGCUGCACCUUAAUGAAACCUUUGUUAUCAUGGAACAGCUGGCUGACUACUCCAUCAAGCGCCUUUUUGAUAAAGAGGCCUUCCAGAGGCAGCCGGCACUCUCCGACCCCCUGCAAAUCACCAAGAGGGGUCUGGAAGCCCACGCCAAGAGCGAGCAGUUCCGGGCGUUUUUCAGGCUUCCCAGGGAGGAAAACCUUUUGGAGGUGCACGAGAGUUUCCUGUGGGUGCCCUUCAGCCACUUUAACACACUUGGCAAGAUCUGUCUGUCCGAAAACUACCUGUGUUUUGCCAGUCAGGACGGAAGCCAGUGCCAUGUCAUCAUUCCCAUGCGUGAGAUCGUUAAUGUUGAGAAGCCAGACUCCGGCAGCCGGGCUCUAACAGUGUGUGUGCGUGGGAAGAGGGCUCUGCGCUUCUCCGAGGUGCGGGACUACCAGCGACUUGCCAACACAAUCCGGAGCAGAUGUGGGAUCAGCGCCAGCCCACAGCACUCUGCUUCAUCCGAGGCCAUUCGGGGGGAGUGUCAGUCUCUCAUAAAUCAUUUUGAGGACAAUCCAGAGGACGUAACGCUGAUGGUUGGACAGAAGGACUGCAGCAAGGCUGUGAGCACAGAGGCACUCAUGACUGUGUUCCACCCCCAGGAUGUCGAAAACCUUGACCCCAAAAUGCUUAAAGAAAAGAUGAAGGAACAGUCUUGGAACAUUCACUUCUCUGAGUACGGACGGGGAACCAGUAUGUUCUUCACCAGGAAGACACGAGACCUGAUUGUUCGCGGUGUCCCUGAGGCUUUGAGGGGGGAGCUGUGGAUGCUUUUUUCAGGAGCUGUCAACGACAUGGCCACUCACCCCGGAUAUUACACGGAGCUCGUUGAACAGUCUCUGGGCACCAGCACGCUGGCUACAGACGAGAUCGAGAGAGACCUGCACCGCUCUCUGCCAGAGCAUCCUGCUUUUCAGAGCGACACGGGGAUCUCGGCUCUGCGCAGAGUCCUCACUGCUUACGCAUACAGGAACCCUAAAAUCGGCUACUGCCAGGCUAUGAACAUUCUCACCUCAGUUCUCCUGCUCUACGCUAAAGAAGAGGAGGCUUUCUGGCUCUUAGUAGCUGUCUGUGAGAGGAUGCUGCCAGAUUACUUUAACCGCCGAAUUAUUGGCGCUUUGGUCGACCAGGCGGUAUUCGAGGACUUGAUACGAGAAAACCUCCCGCAGCUCGUGGACCACAUGACCGACCUGAGCUUCUUUUCAUCCGUGUCCUUGUCCUGGUUCCUCACUCUCUUCAUCAGUGUCCUGCCAAUAGAGAGCGCCGUGAAUGUGGUGGACUGUUUUUUCUAUGACGGCAUCAAAGCCAUCCUUCAGCUUGGCCUGGCCGUCCUGGACUACAACAUGGAAGCUCUGAUCAGCUGUCACGACGAUGCAGAGGCCGUCACCAUACUCAGCAAAUUCUUUGACAGCGUGACAAACAGAGACAGCCCAUUGCCUCCGACAGUACAACAAGCCCCAGUGGGCAAUAAUGAUAAAGCAUCCCACUUAAAGGUGGACAUCAGUGAACUGAUCCGAGAGGCCUAUGAGAAAUAUGGAAAUAUUCGUUCAGAGGAAGUUGAACGUUCACGAAAAAGAAAUAAACUGUAUGUGAUCCAGACGCUGGAGGAUACAACCAAACAAAAUGUUAUUCGGGUGGUGUCCCAAGAAGCCAGAUUAAAUCCCUCACACCUGGACGACCUUUACAAUUUGUUCAAAAGGCAGCAUUUCCUCAGCUGCUACUGGACGAUGCAGAGUCCAGCUUUACUCCACCAUGACCCCAGUCUAGCCUACCUGGAGCAGUACCAGCUGGCGUUCCAGCAGUUCAGCACGCUCUUCUCUCUGCUGGAGCCCUGGGCGUUCUGCACCACCAAGUGCACCCUCUCCCUCUGGGUCUUCCGCCUGAUCGACGAGAACCAGGACGGCCUCGUCAACUUCAAGGAGUUCUGCUGUGCCCUCGAUACUUUGUACAGUGGAUCUUUCACACAUAAGCUGAAAUUCCUCUUCAAGCUGCACCUUCCACCAGCUUUUACAGGAAGUCCUUUGCACUUAAAGGACCAAAGAAUCCAGAACUUUAUUCCAGUGACUGAAGACUCCUCUCACUUGAGUCGACUCACUGCAUUUGAUCUUCCGGAGGAUGGUGUGAUAAGGAAAAGCCCCGAAAGAGGAAGGGGAAAGGUGGAUCUGCAGGCCUACUUGAAACAAUGGCAAAAUGAAAUUCUUAAGAAAGAGGAAAACAUCAAGGAUCUGCCCCGAAUUAAUCAGACUCAAUUCAUCCAGUUCUCCAAGACCCUGUACAACAUCUUUCAUGGUGAUCCAGAGGAGGAGUGUCUGUAUCGAGCCGUGGCCCACGUGACCAGCCUCCUGCUGAGGAUGGAGGAGGUGGGACGGAGGCUGCAGGAGCCGAGCAGCCCCCCUGAGUCCUCGAAGCCCGCCAGCAGCGCGGCUGCAGACGAGUCCUCAAACGAGGAGGCGUCCUCCACCACCCCGGAGGGCUCCGACACCCCCAGCUCCCACAACAGUCAGGAUGCGGGGCCCGACCUCUUGCACACCGAGUGGUCGUUCUCCUUCGAGCAGGUCCUGGCGUCUCUGCUCAACGAGCCGGCUAUAGUCAGUUUCUUCGAGAGGCCUGUUGACAUCCAGACUAAGCUGGAACAAGCUAAGGUUGCCCAGCUGAAGUUAAAGGCGAAUAAGUGAGAAGGUACAUGAGGGACUUGAUGCGUUGCUUCUAAUUCAAACCUAAAAAUCACCAUGAAUUUCCUUUCUCUUGGAUGUGGCGUGGGGUUUGGUGAGGCAGAUGAUGAAGUUGCUACUGAGGUGACGUAAAAAAAAAACAGGAGACCUCUGCAAUGCAAUAUGUGUAUAUGUGUGCGUGGCAUGGAUGUUCAGGCGCUGAACAUUGUGUUGACCUACAGUAGAUAAAGCGCAGACACCUUCAAGACACUGUAAACACUGUACUGAGUCCACUGAUCAACACCUUCAGUGCAUUUUCACGACACACCUCCUCGCAGAUGUUAAGUUGUCGUUUGUCAAACCUAAUUAUGCAUUUUAAGCCUCAUGAAGAAAUAGGUUCUAGCGUAGUGUAAGAUUGUUCAUAGUUUUAAAUGCAGCUUGCAUUCUAUUUGGGAGCGCUGCAGUAUAGCUUCAUGUUAUAUACGGGACUUCAUGUACUGUCUGUCGUCUGUUUAGAAACACGACAUAGGAGUCCUUCCAGCGCUCGCUCUCUCUCAUGUGGUAAAAUACACCUCCUAGACGAAUGACAGCCUCCUCCUGCAUAGACUCUGUCUUUCAGAAUAAUAGCCAGUGCUCGAACGGCACACUCUGUAAAUGUUAAUGCUCUGUGACUUUAGCGUCUCCUGGUGAGUGUGUCCCGUACACGUCGGCUUAUUUGGAGAAACACCAGCUUAUUCAGCAUUUACAGACGCAGUGGUGGUAAACGAGUGGUAGAAGCCAUACAUGCACAUGAUUGACUGAGUCAGGAUGUCUGAAUACGUUUCUACACAGACUAACAUCUAAUUGGUCGUGUGCGGCUGGAUUAACAGAAUGCAGCAUUACUCAGUCACAGUAUUAUAUUAUAUCAUACUAGAAAUAACUGAACUAGUUAGAAUCCUACAGCGUGAGGGAAUCUGCUGCUUCUGAACCUCACAGCGUGAUUGUUUGCUUGUGUCCGUCUUACUGUGCCUGUGCCUGUAGGAUGUUCUACUCCGGUGUAAGUGUAGCAUUCGUGCUAAAUGCUCAGCUCUUUGUCAUUUCAUUGUUGUGUUUUUGAGGCUUGUAUUGAAAAACGUUAGAGCUUAUGGACUGUUGUGGACAACGUUUGAACCUUUUUGAAGGACAUUUUGUUUUCUCAAAUCUCAGGGUGCAAUCUGUAUAAAAAGAGGAUGACAAGGGAUAUUUUUUUCGACCCGGGACACACAAAAGUAUAUUGUAGAGUUAUAUAGAAUAUGAAUCCGUCUGAAAAGUAAAUAUCGAGCAUGUGUAGCGUAGCUGCAGGAUUUGCCACAUCACGCUAGCCUUUGACUAAGCAGCUGUUUCGGUUCGUUCUCAUCUGGGCAUUUUGUGCCUCUUCGUUCGUGUCCAUGCCAGUGAAUCAUCUGCACAGUUGCGUUGACAUGCAUGAGCUGUAGAUAUGUGCCUGUUUCUCGGAGGCAUUGGAUUCCAGGGGGUCACAACCACUUCAGCUGCUGCUUGUUGUCUCCAGAGGCUGACUUCACAGUCGUAUGGAGCUUUAUCUGUGCUCGCAGAGGAAAAAAAAUGCUUUUAAGUGCAAUUCUGUGAUUUCUUUGCAGCUUGUUAGAAGCUUACCCGUUGUUUUCCAGUACUUGUUUUUUUUAUAUUUUCAGAUCAAUCAUAAGGGUUUGUGAUGUGGAAACACUAAAGACAAACUACUUUCUGAAGUGAAAUACAGAAUCACCCCCUUUUAUCUUUGCUCAACAUGCUUUAAAGCCAAAGCUCGAUCAAUAACUUUAGUUUGAAGCCAUACUGGGUCAGAAGACUGGGCGUCAGUCUGUGGUAACUGACUGCAAACGUUUAAAUAAUCCACUCUGCUGCAGUUUCCUGCUGCGUUUGCAAUAUUUUCAAACUUCAUUAAAUCACUUUCAAAUGCAGAUGACAACGUUAAAUAGUAUCUGGUAACAUACUAUUAGUCUAUUUCAGGUUCAUAGUUACUUUGCUUUGAAUAAUUAGUUGUUGUAAAAGAGAAACACAUCAGUGUUUAAGAUAAAACAACCCUUUGAUGCUCAACAUUCUUUUUAGUGGUGAUUUCUUCUUAAUUGCUUUUGUUGUCAGAGAUGAGAUGAAACUUGGUCAAGUUCAGGCCCUGGCAUGCUGGUGUUAUGCAUUAAGAGUAUAUACAGUACAGUAGGCAUGGAUACUGCUUCAGCUGCUUCCUUUUUAUGUGUAAAUGUCUUUCGAUGGACUGUAGCUUUUGAUUGAAGGCUUCUUUUUGCAAAAUAUGCACAGCACAGGUCUUUUUGUUUGCCUGGUUAUAACUUUAAUUUCUAUAAAUCGUAAACCAGAAUAAAGAGAUCGAUUCUA